UGCAGUAGCAGAACCACAGCACGCCCAUCACAACCUCUGAACUUCGAAACAGCUAACAUUGAAGACAAGGAAAGGACCAUCAUGGAGGCAGCCUCCUACCCGCUGGACCCGGAUCUAAUGAGGGAGGUUCUUGAAUGCCCUAUCUGCCUGGAAACCUACAACGAGGAUCAAAUGAGACCCAAACUCCUGCAGUGUGGUCACACAGUGUGCCGGCAGUGUCUAGAGAAGCUGUUGGCUAAUACUAUAAAUGGUGUACGCUGCCCCUUCUGUAGCAGGGUGUCCCGUAUGAGCAGUAUCUCCCAGCUGGCUGAUAAUCUCACUGUGCUCAAGAUCCUAGAUUGCACUAUAUCCUGCAGUGCUGCUACUGCUGCCCUAAUGUGCAAGUCCUGCUGCAACCGCCUACCACGACAGUACUGCCAUGAUUGUGCCACAGUCCUCUGUGAGCUCUGUAAAGUGGAAGGCCACCUGCAUCAAGGCCAUUCAGUCCAGCCGAUUAGGGUGGCUGCUGAACAGCGUCGUAAAGAACUGGGUGGCAAGAUGGCUUCUCUGCGUGAUGUAAUGGGCGAAAUUCAAAAGAAAAAAUCAGCUAUUGAAAACAUUUCCAAGUCCUUGAGACUAAAGUACCAAGCAGUGCAGCAGGACUAUGUGUCAGCUGAGCUACGUCUUCAAGAGGAACUCAGCAGGUCUAGAAGGACAUUCACAGCUUCCAUAGCAGAAGUGGAAAAGGUAAAUGGGCAGGUCCUGGAGGAGCAGACAUAUCACCUUAACAUUGCAGAGGUAAAAGUGGUGUCUCGCUGUGAUUAUCUCACAAUGCUGGUGAGGCAGAGCGAUAUCGCUUUGUUAAAGGAUGAUGGCGAAGGCAGUGAUGAUGAAGAUCUGGAUUUAAGGAGUAGCUUGCCCACCAAGUUUCAGCUGCAAGAGCCAGAGCUGGUCAGAACAAAGCACUCUAAACCAGUAGAAGUGGGCCAAGUGACCACAAAUACUUACACGGUCAAUACAGAGGACAUGGAGAGUGGGUUGGAAAUUGCAUUUGAGGGUGAUGUAGAGAGUGUAGCUGGGGCAAUGGGGGCUAAAGGUGGUGGAAGGGGGGCUCUAGUGGAUCUCUACCGAGACAUUGACAUGGUUGCAGCUGUAGAGGAGGCGGGAUGUGCUUCACCAGGCAGCUUUAAGUCAAAGUCCAUGGAUGCAGGUGGGGGAUCACCUGGAGGAGCUGGGGCAAGUGCAGGACCCCCAGUCUGUCAGUUUGUGAAGAAGAUGGGCUGCAAGGGAACUCUACCUGGCACAUUCAAUUUACCAGUCAGCAUCUGUGUAACACCACAAGGUGAGGUCCUGGUUGCUGACCGUGGCAACUACCGCAUCCAGAUCUUUAAUCGCAAAGGUUUCCAGCGUGAGAUCCGCCGCAAUGCCAGUAGCAUCGACAACUUUGUCCUGAGCUUCCUUGGGGCUGAUCUGCCUAACCUCAUCCCCUUAUCCAUUGCUGUCACUUCUCAAGGCCUGAUUGGGGUCACUGACAACUACGAUAACUCCGUUAAAGUCUACACUAUGGAUGGACAAUGUGUGGCUUGCCAUAAGAACCAGCUGAUGAAACCCUGGGGCAUUACUGCCAUGCCAUCAGGUCAGUUUGUGGUGACAGAUGUGGAAGGUGGCAAGCUGUGGUGUCUCACAGUGGACCGCAAUGUAGGUGUGGUCAGCUACAACCGAUUGUGCUCUGCUGUGCGGCCAAAGUUUGUGACAUGUGAUGCCGCUGGAAAAGUCUAUUUCACCCAGGGUCUAGCCCUGAACUUUGAGAAACGUCACAAUGAGCCCUACCUGGAAGGUGGCUUCUCUAUUGGCUCAGUGGAUGCAGAUGGCCAGCUAGGCAAGCAGCUCAGCCAUUUUUUCUCAGAGAAUGAGGACUUCCGCUGCAUCACUGGCAUGUGUGUGGAUGCCAACGGGGAUUUACUGGUAACGGACAGUGGCAGGAAAGAAAUCCUCCAGUUUCCCAAAGAAGGUGGAUUCAAAAUUCUCAUCCAGGAAGGGCUGACCUGCCCUGUGGGAGUGGUCACCACCCAGAAAGGGCAACUGCUAGUGCUGGAUUGUUGGGACCACUGUGUCAAAGUCUACACAUACAUUCAGAGGAGGCACUCCUCCACUUCGUAGAGGAGCAAUCCAGUCCAUCUGCACAUGAGCAUGAGAGAUUUAGUAGGUAUGUGUUGGGAGGUGUGUAUGGCCGUUUGGAAAAGGUAGAAUCACACUGUUAUGUCACUUUAGUUUGGCUGCAGUCCAAACAAGUCUCACUCCAGCUUUCAUUGGGUUAUUAAAUGAACAUUCUUGUGGUUCAGUUUGAAACCUACUGGAUUUGAAUUUAAUUCCUUCAAAAAAAAAAAAAAAAACCCUGCUAUAAGCUGCCUCUUACCUAAUUGUUUGAAUGGAUCACAGCACUAAUACAGGCGUUGCAGCAUUUUUACAUCAGAUAAUACUCGCACAAGUUGUCACAUUUAAAAUAAGCAAAAUAAGCCAUUGAUGUUGAAGCUAACGCAAAGCCCAGUAAACCGCUACAUCCACCAUUCAGCCUGAAUGUGUGUGAAUCUGGCUCAGCCUAGCAAAAGAGAAACGGGAAGAUGAAGAGCUGACAAUAAACACAUAUAUUUGCAUAUGAAAUGAAGCAUACCAAGGCUUUUGGCCUGUGAAGCACUUUAUUAUUGACACAACACCGUUUCCUAGUGUUAGGUUUUAGUAGCACAGACUGACAUUGAUGUUGCUGAAUGCAGCUGGCAGCUUUAACGAUUACUGUGCAGUGAGCUAAUGGCAAAACAGUAAGCAAGCAUCAGCAUUCAGUAACAUUCAGGGAACAUUUAGUGUAGAAUAUUUAGUUACCUACAGGAUAGAGGGUUGAACAACAGAAUCACAAUGUCAUGUGGAGGAAAGCUGGGUAAUACGGGGCAAUGUUGAUGCGUCAUUGACCGGGGUUCUGCGGGUUAAAGCUUGAGCUUUGAGGUUUGCUGAACUAAUGCAAUCAGAAUUAGGGUUACUGAUGUUAAAUGUGUACACUACAUAAUUAUCAUUUUGUCCCGGUAAUUAAUUAAUACUGCCUAGCUAUCCUGUGUGCUGUGUAUUUUGGAGCAGCACAUCAGCUUAACUGACUUUUUCAGAGCAAAUAUUACUAAAAAUCAACUGUUUGAACUAUUCCCUCUUUGCUCUUUCAUUCAACCGUCUUCCUAGUGACUUCACAGCCUCACGUAUGUCACUAGGAGGCAGGCUGAGGUAACCGUCCGCAAGAUAACAUUACUGUUGUCAUCUGCUCCGGCUCCUAUUCUAGCUGUUGUGCUCAGUCAUACAUUUGACUUUAAUGUCAGGCCUCUACAUCACCUUGUGCUUGCCUUUUUUUAUUUCACGUGCACCAUUAAAGUAGCUCUGAUCACAGACACUGCAGCUCCUAGUUUUAGUCCUACUUCUCAUUCCGAACUGUGUCCUUUAUGAUUUAGAGGAGCAAACGUUCCAGAUGACCUUUUGUAACCUUGAAGGCUUUUAACUUUUCAAGGCUCUGCUCUUUCUAUUCUCUAUGGGCUUACCUUCAGCUAUAUUAUACAAUCGGUUAUAAAUGACUUGUUGAUGCAAUGCCAGUAGAGACACCACUAAAAUAGCGUCAGCACCCAGGACCACAUUAAAGUAUGAAGUUUACAAACUUUGUGCAGACCUGUUCCAAGAUAACAUGUUCCAUGCCAUUGUUUUCCUCACGCCUGUGGUUCCCCUUUCAGGGAUCACCGGCAGGAGUGUUUGAAAUAGCAUAGCGAGGAUAAUGAUGACUGAGAACUCCAGCAUCACACACACUAAACCUGGCUCUGUUACACGGGGAUGUCGGUUCCAUGUCGCUAUGUCUUCCCUCAGGUUUUUAUUCGACUCUGCACAAUGCUAAAGAAAAACAGCCAUGCAGUGUUUUUGAAAUUAAGUGGAAGUCAACAUUUAAAUUCAUGUAUAUCCAUAUGCAUUUUCAUUUAAGCUUUACUGAAGUCCAUUUGAAGCAUAAGAACGAUGAUGCAUUCAGGUAAAAAGACAAUAAAAGACACUUUUGAUCAAAUAUUUUGUGGCCUAAAUAUAGGGAAUCAAGUUAAUCAUUGAAACUCGUCCAUUUUUGUAACAUAUUCUAUGUCCAUAAAGUCGUAAAUAUGCCUUCCUGCCAAUACGUAUCUUACAGUCCAGAUAUGCUUAUAAGAGCAUAUCACAUACUGACUAAGUUUCAGCCUUAAAACAUUUUUUUCUGCACCCAGAGCCCUAAUAAAUAGCAAUAUGCAUAUCUGAGUGUUUAUCAUUUUUCUACAUAAGCAAAUAUACAGAAGAAGUAGGAAAAAAAAAAUAGAACUGAAUUGAAGAAACAGUUUUACAUUUUACAUGAUGUAUUUAUCUUAUUGUUAGGCCAUGCAUCUCAACACUAAACUAAUAGAUUGUGAUUCAAGAUCGUCUCGGCUGCAUGUUACCUUGCCAUAAAAAUAUUUUCCCAAAAUACUUUGACUUUAUUCAAUAGAAGUAGUUAACACUAGAUUAUUCAACCUUUUAACGAAAACAGAAAAGUGCAUAAAAUGGUAGGAAAAUAAAGUGUCCUUGUGUCAGUGUGCUGAAUAUCAAAGUGUCUCAUAUCAUCUGAAUAUGUUUUAUUCUGUGUCAUUAAAGAGAAGUUAUUGCCUUG